UUAAAAAAUUUGCCCAGGGGCUUAGAAAAUGUUUGAGCCGGCAUUGGCCCUAAUUUCACAAAUUUAUUGAAAGGGAAAUGGAAUUAUUAAGUGUUAAAAAGGAGAAUGUUGUAACAAAAAUGUAAAAUAGUGCCAAGAGUAGUGAGGACUGGCGACCGACAAGGCAGUUUUUUUUCAUUUUAAAAAUGUUGAGAAAAAAAAACAAUAAAUGCGAAUGUAAUUAACAUUUACACCAAAAAAAAAAAUGCGAAUGUGAUUUGUGAGAGACUCUUUAAAAGAGCCUUAAUUAAGAGGUGACAAUGUUGAUAUAGGAUAAGAGGUGUGUGAAAAUUUGACGCGGUUAACUGAGAGGUGACAUGUUCCCCCUCAUUUAAACCACAUGGCCAUCUUCUUCCCUCUCAUUUUAAUACCACAUUUUCCAUUUCAAAUUGUUAGGAGAUAGAUAUUGGAAUUAGCUAGAGAGUUGGGUGAAAAUGGCGGAAAAAGAAUAUACGGAGUGUUUGCUGGAGAGUAAGUACCAUGAAGGUUGUCCUGGAUGCAAGGUUGAUCAGAUGAAGAGGCUUCGCCAUGGCUUUCCUUUCUCGGAGCUUUUCUCCGUUUGGAUCAUCGUCCUCUGCACUACUCUACCAAUUUCUUCUCUUUUCCCUUUCCUUUACUUUAUGAUUGAUGAUUUUGACAUAGCAAAGAAGGAAGAAGACAUUGGUUUUUACGCUGGAUUUGUUGGUUGCUCUUUUAUGCUGGGACGAGCGUUGACAUCUGUGAUCUGCGGAAUUCUUGCUGAUCGUUAUGGUAGAAAACCUGUAAUCCUUAUUGGAACCACUUCAGUGGUCGUUUUCAAUACUCUGUUUGGCCUAAGUUUAAAUUUCUGGAUGGCCAUUAUCACAAGGUUUUGUCUCGGUUGUUUCAACGGUUUACUCGGCGGUCCUAUCAAGGCAUACGCAGUAGAAACGUUCCGUGAUGAGUAUCAAAGUUUAGCAUUAUCAGCAGUUAGUACCGCAUGGGGAAUUGGACUCAUCAUUGGCCCUGCAAUAGGAGGUUUUCUUGCUCAGCCUGCAAAGCAAUAUCCAAGUUUAUUCUCACAGGAUUCGAUUUUUGGCAAAUUCCCCUACUGUUUGCCGUGCUUUGCAAUAUCCAUUUUUGCAUUCUUAGUGACCAUAAUCUCGUUAUGGAUUCCGGAAACAUUGCACAAUCACAAGUUUGAUGAUCAUGAUCAGUCUUUUGAUGCUGUCAAAGAUGAUCCUGAAUCUAAUAAAGUGGCAAAGAAAAAUGAGAAAAAAUCUCUCUUGAAAAACUGGCCACUAAUGUCAUCUAUGAUCGUCUACUGCAUCUUUUCACUUCAUAAUAUGGCUUACACAGAAAUCUUUUCGUUGUGGGCAAACAGCCCGAGGAAAUUUGGAGGUUUGGCAUACACCACUGCAGAAGUUGGUUCUGUUCUUGCAGUUUCAGGCGUUGGUCUCCUUAUCUUUCAGCUUUCCCUCUACUCUUAUGCGGAGAGGAACUUAGGCCCAAUCAUAGUUACACGUAUAUGUGGGAUUCUGUCUGUGGUUGUCUUAUCAACUUACCCACUAAUAGCAAAACUAUCUGGUGUCGCCCUUACCAUGGCACUAUAUUCUGCAUCCGUAGCAAAGAACGUCUUAAGCACUUCUACUAUAACUGGAACGUUCAUCCUUCAAAACAGGGCUGUGGGACAAGACCAAAGAGGAGCAGCUAAUGGGAUUUCCAUGACAGCGAUGUCUAUUUGUAAAGCAAUAGGUCCAGGAGCAGCAGGAGUCAUUUUUUCUUGGAGCGAGAAACGCCAGGAUGCUUCUUUUCUCCCUGGCACCCAGAUGGUAUUCUUUAUACUGAAUGUGGUAUUGGCAGUCGGGGUUCUUUGGACGUUCAAACCGUUUCUAGGUGAAAGACAACAUUAAGAAGCCACAUCGGAUUGUAUUUUGAUUGUAGAAUAUUGUAUUUGUCUGAUGCCAGAGUUAUACCAGAGAUCAUGUGUGUUUAAUAAUAUGGCACGGGGGGAAAAAAACUUAUUAGACUACGUACUGUCAUCAUCCUCUGUAUGUUUUUUCUUUCGGUGUCAAUGUGAAGUCAUCCUCUGUAUGUUUAUUGGACAAGUUGUUCACAAAAUCUUGUCUCUGUGAGAACAGUUGUAAGAAGAUAUUUUAAAAAUAAAAUUGUUUUGUAAAUUA